AUGGUGCUCUGGUACCACAAUACUCAUAUCUAUAACAAAGAUUUCCAAACAGUCUCACUGGCGUUCUUUAAUCGAUACCCCAAUCCGUAUGCCUCGCAUGUUCUCUCUAUCGACACGAUCUCGCGAGACUUCUCCAGCAACGGGAACCUGUCGACCACCAGACUCAUCAGGAAAACCGGGCGCCUUCCAGAGUGGGUGAGGCCGUUUUUAGGCGGGAUAUCCGAAUCCUGGAUCAUUGAGAAGUCGGAAGUAGACUCCAAUCGGAAAGAGCUGCGAACGUACACUCGAAAUUUGGACCAUACUAGGAUCAUCCAGGUGGAAGAAUUCACGACUUACACCUAUGAUAACGACGCAGGGGUGACGAAAGCAUCAAGCGCUGUUAAAUUCUCCAGCGGCUUCAAUCUCGCCAUAAGAAAUCGAAUCGAAAAGUGGUCUCACAAUAGGUUUGACGAGAAUGUCAAGCGCAGUCGGAUGGGAAUGGCGUUUGUCAUGGAAAAACUGGAACAACGUCGUCACCCGUGUUAG